CCAUCAUGUCCGACCUGGUUCAGACCACUUCAGACAAUCUGUGUAAGCUUGUCCACUGGGCACACAGUCACGGUACCAUCUGCAACCUCAUCCCCAGCCUGCAGCAUCUCACCCAUGGUUCAGAUGGUAAUGUGUUGACACCAGAGCCAGGUCUCCAUGGCAGCAGCAUCCCUGUAGCUAUGUGGGGCUGUAGCGCUGGUCAUGCUUACCACUGGCCCCUCAGUGAGAAUAGCAACGGCUGCACAGGCCCAGUAAAUACCUUCCAGGGCCAGGAGAGGUUUGUUGGAGGGCGUCCAUCUAAAAAGGUGGCAGUGAGAGCAUCAUGUGACCUCUUCAGCAACGAAGCAGCAUCAGAGGGAGAGGAGUUCAGCAGCCGGCUGUUCGACAUGGCUGGAUGUGACUCGUCAGCCACAGAUGAGGAUGGGGACUACGAGCCUCGACCUUCCAGGAAGAGAGGUGCGACUCCAGGAGGGUCAACAAGCUCGGGGGGAGUCGCGGGGAAGAAGGUCAAGCAGGAGGCAACCUUUGGAGAUGAUUAUGAGGCUGUCGCUGACAUCGUUUGCACGGGGCUAGCAGAGGCAGACGCUGUCAAUCUUUCACAGGCUUAUCAAGCACCGAUCACACACAUACUGUUGCCUAACAAGGCCCUACCACCCGGCCCUCAGCCUCAGCGGAUCAGUGACUCCUCUGGGCAGCGUGUCCAGGAUCUAGUGAGUGAGGGACUAGUGGAUCCAGAGAUGGAGCUGCUGGUCAGAGGCAGCUGCACAACAAGGACCACAGAGCAUGCAGAGAGAUGUAGCUCUGCCAAAGAGACUACAGAGAUGACUACAGCAGGGGCCCAGAGCGAGCUGGAGAAGCUGCGAGCGUUACUUUGCGCCGAACACAGUCGAAACCAGCAGAUGACAGAGAUGAUCUCUAGUCUGAAGCAGGACAAAGAGCUGCUGCAGCACGAACUUACCAAGAAAGCCAAACUCAUCUGUGACUUCCUACAGGACAAAAUCCGACCAGAGAAGAGAUUGCCUCGUUGCUCCAAUCAAAUGGAACCGGGAAGUUCACACAUGACCUCUUCUGACGAUGUGACAGGCUUUGAUACGUCAACGCUGUUUGACUCGUUCGAUGAAACAGACUUUCACCCUGUGGAACGCCACCGAACUCUAAAGAGCAAGGGGAGCCGGGAUGGUGAAAACACACGAGUCAGGAUGAAAAACGUGGCGGGGGUGAUAGCACGUUACAUGGCCGCCCUUCAAGAGUUUCGGCGAAGUGUCUCCAUGAAAGUAGCCUUUGACCGGGUCGGUGUGGACCGCAACACAAUCUCCCGUACAGCGUCCAUUGCCGAGCUCAGCCUGGCCGCUCCGGAGGUCUUUCAUGCACUGGCGCCAUGGGAUGAGAAGGAGGAGACGUUGGCGCAUUAUGCUCACCGCUGCCGACAGGCGAUGGACGACAACAUUAAGGCCAAGAUCAAAUCGAUGAAGGCAAAAGGAGAACUGCUGCCCAUUGUGUCAAAGUGACAGCUACAGAUAUUGUGUUGACUCUUUCUUAUAAUCAGAAGCCUGUGACAAACUACUACAUACUUGUACAUAUUUAAAAAUCCACACACAAAGGAAAAGCUCACUCUUGGGAUUCUCUUCCUCCACAGUUCCAUUCUUUACCAUCUGAAGGCGCUUUCACACCAACAGCAGUUGGUGCACACUAAACAGUCCAUUCGGACC